AUGGAAACACAAUUUUCAAAAACUAUAGUCAUCUUUUUUGAUAGCUAUAGUGUUGAAGAAUAUAAAAUUAAACAAAGUAAUUAUACAUGCUCUUUAUACGUUUUAAAAGAUCUUAACCAUAAUGAAGAAUUAGAUAUAGAACAAGAAGAAAAAGAAAAAAAAAAAGAAAAAAUUAAAGAAAUUAAAAAUGAAAAUGAAAAUAAAGGGUCAAUAAAAAGUGAAAAUAAAGAUGGAAUAAAAAACAAUAUGGUUUUAAAGGUAAAAGAAAAUAGGGAUUGCGAUUUUUUAUUUCGUAAAGUUUGGAAUAGUAAAGUUUUAAGAGAACAUAUAAUUGGUUUUAUAAGAGAUAAAAGAAUGUUUCGUACACUUUAUUAUGACGAUAUUACCAACAGCGUUUGGAUGGUUAGAAAUCGAUAUUUUUCAUUACUUUUAGACAAAUUUGAAUUCUCGUUGAAAUUCGAUUUAAUUCAAUUUUCACAAAUUUUAAACACAGUGAAUGGAUAUGUACUAUGUACAAUAGCAAGAUCAGCAGGUAAUGAAAAAUUAUUGGAUUUCCUAUUGGAUUCAUGUCAAAAUGUUUUCCUUAACACAAUUGAUAUAAUCGAUGCAAUUUGUGAAGGUGGUUAUUAUAAAAUUUUAAAAACUCUACAUUCAUGGGAGAAUUCAUUAAGUUGGGGUAAUUGGUUAGUAACAACGAAUGCGAUGGAUAAAGCAGCCGAAAAAGGUCAUCUCAAUAUCGUCAAAUUCUUAAUGAACAACAGAAAUGAGGGUUGCACUGAAAAUGCAAUAAUCAAUGCCUCAAAGAAUGGUCAUUACGAUGUUGUAGUUUAUUUAGCACAUAAAAAUAAACCAAUAUCUCCACAAGCUUUAGAUUUAGCUUCAACAUUUGGUUUUAUUAAAAUCUUAUCUUUUCUUUUCUUUUUCUUAGUUAAAAUCAUUCACUACAAUGAUAAUAUACAACCAAAAAGAUUCUCAAUUGAGGACAUUCCAACUUUAAAAUCAAAAUCAAAAUCAAAGAAAAAGAAAAAAUCAACAAAUCAAACUACAACUACAACUACAACAACUACUACAACAACUACAACAACAACAACAUCAAAUAAUAAUAAUAAUAAUAAUAAUAAUAAUCAAAAAAAAUUACAUUUAUUAGAUUUAACAGAUAAAAAAUUUAAAGAUUAUCAAAUUUGUACGACAAAAGCAAUGAAUGGUGCAUUAUUAAAUGGUCAUAUGGAUUGUGUUUUCUUUUUAGAGGAUAGAGUUAAACAACCAUAUGAAUUAACUAAAGAGUUAUUAUGUGAAAUUGCAAGUAAAGGUAAUUUAAUGGUAUUGGAGCAUCUACGUGUUAGAGGUGUUAACCUUUCAUCGGUUUUCGAUGCAAUGUGUCAAUCAUCAUCACCAAAUUUAAAUUUAAAGAUUCAAGAGAUAUUAGCGGAUGAUGAUCAACUUAAACUAUUUGAUGUUACAAUUAAAUGUUUUGAAUAUGCUGCAAAAGGUAAUCAAAGUAGAACUUUCAAACAUUUAUUGGAAGGAUUAAUCACAAAGAGAAAUCCUCCCUAUUUCAAAGUUAAACAUAGAGUAUUCACCGAAUCAAUGGAUUGGGCAGCAAAACAUGCAAACAUUGAGAUCAUGGAAAUGAUUCAUCAAAAUUUCUAUGGUGUUGCAAGUUUCUCCCUAAUUAAUGCAAUUGAAAGUAGGAGUUUAAAAGCUAUUCAAUGGUUAUGUAAAAAUAGAUUCGAACCAAUGCCAACCAAUAGUCUAGCAAAAGCUAUUCAAACUAUGGAUUUGGAAAUUGUAGAAUUGGUUUUCCUUCAUACUAAAGAGGAGACCACACUUCAUACUAAAGAAAUCGCUAGAACUGUCAGUAUGAAAGAUAUCUAUAAAUUCACAUCAAGAUUAUCAAUUCAUAAUCAAAUUAGUAAAUUCAUUGCAAGGGAGAUAUUAAUUUGGUUGGAUUCUAAAUUUAAAGAGAAAUUUCAUUUAGAAUAUAGUUCACCAAGAUUCAAAUUAUUACAUUCAAUUGAAAUUACAAAUGCAACUCAAUUCCCACAUGAUUUCACUCAAGAGGUUAAAUCAAAAUAUGAACCUAUUGAAUAUAAACUUAUAAAUCCAAUCACUGAAAAAUAUGAAAAAUUAUUUUAUACACCAACUUUAGAAUGGAGAGUAACACCUGAUUUCUUAUUAUUUUUAGUACCACCACAACAACAACAGCAACAGCAUCAACAACAACAACAACAACAUAUACCUCAACAAUAUCAUAAUAAUAAUAAUAUACCACAAUUAACACCAAAUUUAUUUGAAAAAGAAAAUGGUAAAAUGAUUGCAAUUAUUGAUAUUUCAGUUAUUGAUCCAUCAAGAGAUGGUGUAUACAGUGAAAAUGAAGUUAAAAAAGUUGAAAAUGAUUCAAUCGAUAGAUAUAGAGAUUUAGUUGAAAAAUUAAAGCACGAUUUCCCAGAUUUUUCAACUUUAAUAUUACCAUUGGUGGUUGUUAAUGGUUUCUUAACGAUUAGAAAUGAAUUUUGUCAAAGUUUAAAAAAAGUUUGUCCCUUAACAAAUGGUCAUUUAGAAAAAGACUUUUUCGAAUCGAAAUUAAAAACAUUUUUAGAUAUCAUGGAAAAAGAUUUCUAUAGUCCAAGUUUUAGUGACGAAUAUAUAACAGAGGGUGAAGAUCAAUAUGAAUUACAAGAUCCUUCAUCUCCUUAUCCAAUCUCUACAGUUAAUGGUAAAUCUUUAACAAGGGUCGAUAAUUAUAGCAAGAAUGAAAACACUCUAAUCGCAGUUCAAAAUUAUAAAAAUGAUGGUAUUAAAUUAUUUGUAAAAUCUGAUAAUUCAACUAUAACCAUGAUCAUUGAUGAAAAACUCACUUGUUCUUGUUUAAUCUUUAAAAAGAAUUCAAGUGAUAAUCCAAAUCUUCAUCUUAAUCCUCAUCAACAACAACAACUACAACUUUCGAAAAAAGAAUAUUGCCAUCAUUGUAAAAGAUUAUUAACUGGUAUACUUCAAUUACCUCCUUCAUCAAUUGGUAAUCAAGAUACUAUCUACUCUAGUAAUGAUAUAAAAAAAUUCAAAUCUAUUUUAAAACUGGUAAUAACAAAUGAUAACGAUUCAAGAAAAUAA